GCAAACGAGGCAGCGUUUGUGGGGUCGCUGCUGCUGCUGCCGCCAGUGCUGCUCGCACGCGUGGCAGGGGAAGCUUCCAGGAAGGAGGAGCAGCUGGGGGAGACAGGAGCUCUGGGGUCCCGACCAGCAGUCAAGAGUUCAGCGCGUGCGCGCCAGCUGUGCAAGCGGUGGAGUGAGGUGGCGCUGACGAUGCAGGGGCGGCUGCGAGUGGUGGAGGACACGCGGGCGCUGCGCGCGCUGCUGCCGCGCGCUGACGUGGCGCGCUUCGUGGCGCGUGACGUGGCGUACAUGGAGGCUGCUAUCGCCUCAUUGGUUGACACUGCCACCACUAUUACCACCACCACCACCGCCAGUAUUGCUAGCGCCGUUUCCAUUGGCGCUGGCGUUGGCGCUGCUGCUGCUGCUGAGACUGCUGCUGGGGGAGUCAUGACAGAGGCAGCAGGCCCGAUGCCGCACGCCCUCGCCUCUGCCCUCUCACUCGCUCAACUCUAUCACGUGGACGCCUGGCAGGUUCAUCUGACGUACGUUCGCUCAGUGCUGCUCUCUGAUUGGCCGACGCAAGAUAUCAUCGCUGAGGUGGAGGCCCACAAAACCGCCAUCUGUACCCGUCCCACCGCAGCCUUCUCCUUCCUCUGGACCUCCGUGCUUCCCCGCUUUCUCACUCAAAUACAGACAAAACCACACACAAAGUCACACCCCUUCAGGCUCCCCACCCUCGCCCCCCACCUCCUCCACCUCCUCUCCCACUGCCUCCUCUCCUCCCUCUCCCCUCCCCCCCUUCCCUCCUCCCCUCUCACCCCCUCUCCUCCUCUCUCCCACCCACUCUCUUUCCCGCUCCCGCCAACCCCUCUCACCGCACUCAACUCCUUUGUAUCGUCAGCGCAGAGCGCAGCAUCCCUUGCUUCCAGGCUCUCCCUUCUAGCAAGCCAGCUUGAGAAGGCAGGGGGGCUUGAACCGCCGUUGGAUGGGUGGGUGCUUCUGGGGGCGGCUGUUGCUGGUGAUGCAGAAGGGGAGGGCGAUAUGGGUAUCAAGGAGGUGGAGAGAAUGGUUGAGAGGGAGAUAGAGCGGUGCUUCGACGGGUCGUCUGUGCUGGCUGCUGCUGAGAUAGUUUCAUCUCUCGCUUCCUCUGUUGCAGCAUCUGCUACAGCAGGAACAGCAGCUGCUGCGUUGCCUGCUGCAGUUGCAGCAGCAGGAGGUUCAAGCGAUCUGGCCGCUCAACCCCGCUUCAACCAGAGCCACUUUCUCUGGCUCUUUGCUAAGUGCCAGUUGAGGCAAGCUGGCGUGCUUGCUGAUUCAGAGACCUCAAUCGUUACAAUCGAAGAGGGGAGUGACAGGGGGGCGGUGAUGGCAAGUGGUGGGAAGCAAGGCAGCAAGGCGGGCAGGGAAGAAAGUGGGAAGGGGAGGGGGUUGAGUUUGGAGGGGCUCCAAUCUGCGCGUGUGGCCAUGGCUGGGGUUCUCUCGUUGUUUUCAGAGGAGAAGCGGUGCAAAUUCACGCUCCUGCUGCUGCGAGGAUGUGAGCGGUGGGUUCUAGAAGCGUGUAUUGCAGGGGAAGAUAGUGGAGGGAAGAGAAGCAGGGGGGGAGGAGAUGUUAGUGGGAAGAAGGGGAGGGAGGGGAGGGGUGGGAGAGGGAAGGAGGGAGGAGAGGUGCGGAGGGGUGUGGAGCUUUGGCUAGAUGUUGUGGGAGAUUGGAUGGGGUGUGGUGGUGGGGAAUCGGGGGAGGAAGAAGGGAAGGAGGAGAGGGAGGAGAGAGAGGAGUGUGUGGUGGAGUGUGGGAGAUGCAUUCAGAAGCUUCUGGCCAAUGGGGUCGUGACACGUCAGCAAGGUGUGCUGCUCCUCCGGUUCCUCUCCGACUCAUUGCUGAACACCCAAGGCCCUUCGGAUAAGAACAGCUCAGCUGCCAGGUCAGCAGCAGCAGCCAAUCAGGGAGCAGGAAGAGCAGGCGGGAAGCCUGGGAGGGCAAGGGGGAUGGGAGUAACGGCAGGUGCUGCUUCCAGGAAGCUUCCUGGUGAUGCGGGCAGCGAGACGGGGAGCACGGGCAGCGAACAGGAGGAGUUUGCCACGAGUGACGUCAGCAGGGUGGCUGGUGACGCCAGCAGGGGGGGCAGGAGGGCGGGGAGAGGAGUGAGUGGGAGGGGAGGGAGGGUUGGUAGGACUGGUAGGGGAGGAGGAGUGGGGAAGGGAGAGGAGGAGGAGGAGGGAGAAGGAAAGAGUGAGAAAGAGAAAGAGGAAGAUCCAAUGGACCUAUUUGCAUCGAUGGGACUAGUUUCGUCUACUCCCCGUGCUGCUGCUGGUAGCAUUGGUAAGCCUGAAGCUUCCAAGAAGAAGCCUCUGGUAGUCUCCAAGGCUGGUGGUGGUAGGCUCGGGGCGGUGAGAAAGGGAGGCUCGGCAGCUUCGGCACCAGCUUUGGUAGAACCAGAAGGUUUGGCGCUAGGCUCGAUGCUUGGUUCGGUGGAAUCGCUCCCGGAUUUGGCUGCAACGGCUUCUUCAGGUGCAGUUUCAGGUGAUUGUUCAGGUGCUCUCUCUGCUGCGAUUUCACCUGGGGAGGGCGGGCAGAUGACAAUGGACUUUGCAGCAGGGGCUGCUGGGGAGGAAAUCUCCGUCUCCUCCCCACAGCAUAAAACUCUCGCCUCAACUGUUUCUCCUCCUGCCACUCCUGCUGCUGCUGCUCCUACUGAUGCUGAUAAGUCUGAUGCUAAUGCCGAAGCUACUGCACCUGUUGCGUCCCGGCCUGAGAUCAGUAUUGUGGGUCUCUACUUGUCAGUAUUCCGAGAAAUUAUGGGAGAAGCAACUAAGAACUCGUUUCAAGACAGGUUAGCUCAGGCGAUCAUGAGAGUUAUUCUUUCACUGGUAGAGGUGAGGGAAGGGGAGGUGCGGCAGGUGCUGAGAGAGAGAGAAGGAAGGAGUGAGACAGAGGAGGAUGAGGAGGAGGAGGAGAGUGGGUGGGGGCUUGAUCUGCCAGAGGAUGAGGAGGAGGAGGAUGGGGAGGAGAGUGGGUGGGGGCAUUUUGAGGUUCUUGUUGCAGCUGUGCGUUCUGCUGUGUGGAGGCUGCUGGUGCGUGUGGGAACACAGGAGGGAACGCAGGAGGGGGAAUCUGCAGUGAUGCAAAGUGCCACACUUAGCAGCAACACUGCUGCACGUUUCCCUGUGGUGGUGCUAAGUGGCACACUUAGAGCAGUGGUCCAGGACGCACUGAGGGCUGUAGCUCCCGCAUCAUCCGACCUAUCAGCACCUGCCACGUGGCUCUCUGGGAGAGGGUUCUUUGUGAAUUCGGUAGGGCUUGGGGUGAUGGGCAGUGUAGAGGGGUGCUGGGGAGUGUGGGAUCUGGAAGAGGGGGGAGAGGAGGCAGAGGAGGAGGAGAGAUGGGGAGGGCAAGGAGGGAGACAAGGAUGGAACGGAGGAGGAAGUGUGGGAGGGGAUAUGGAUGACGUGGCGUUGGACAGGUGGCGCUGGGCAGCUCUGCGGUCGCGUGCGAUCGUGCAGUCUGAUUGGCCGGGAGCGCUCGCUGAUGUGGCACCACUGCUGGAUGACGUGGCAGCGGACGGCAGAUUCGGGAGCAUAGGCUCGGCAGUGGAGUCCUUCAAACGAGCCUACUUCAUUCUGGAUAGCGGGGGAGGUAAGGAGAAGGGGGCAGGGGGGAGGCAAACGAAAGCAGUGGGUGUUUUUACUCAGCAGCAACAGCUGCAGCAGCAGCAACAGCUGCAGCAGCAGCAGCAGCAGCAGCAUCGUGAGCUAUCCCUCCUGGCUCUUCUGUCCUUGUGGGACCCUCUCCUCGCUCCUAAAUGGUGCCAUGCCUCUGCCACCCCUGCUGGUGCUGCUACUGCUACUGCGACUGCUACUGCUACUGCUGCUGCGGCUGCGGCUGGGCUGCAUCCGCUGCACGAGUGCUGGUUCCUGCCUCUCCGCCGCUGCGCUCACUCUCUCCCCUCUGCCACAGCAGCAGCAGCAGCAACAGCAACUGCAGCAGGAGGGGUAGGAGCAGGAGCAGCACAGGGUAUUCUCCUCGUGCCGUCGCUGCUGCUCUCCGCGCUUGACGCUGCUGCCUUCCUGCCGUCAGCGACGUUUAAGUCCCGCGAGGACCACAGGAAGCAGCAGGAGCUCGAGGAGGCGCCCACGUUUAAGUCGCGCGAGGACCACAGGAAGCAGCAGGAGCUCGAGGAGUCGCGUAAGGCGGGGUGCACCUUCCAUAUCCUUCUAAAUUCUCCUUCCUCCCCUCUUGUCCGUUUCUUGUCUCAUCCAGCCACGUUCAAGUCGCGCGAGGAUCACAGGAAGCAGCAGGAGCUCGAGGAGGCGCCCACGUUUAAGUCGCGCGAGGACCACAGGAAGCAGCAAGAGCUCGAGGAGGCGCGUAAGGCGGGGUUGGCGCCAGCCGAGUUGGACGAGGAUGGCAACGAGAUCAAUCCGCAUAUCCCGCAGUACAUGUCGUCCGCGCCCUGGUACCUCAACGCCGAACGACCCAGUUUGAAGCAUCAACGGAACUGGAAGGGCGAGGGGAACUACACCAACCUGUGGUACGACCGAGGGGCCAAGGGCUUUCAGGCUGAGAAGUUCCGCAAGGGCGCCUGCACCAACUGUGGCGCCAUGACCCAUAAUGCAAAAUUAUGUGUGGAGCGACCAAGGAAGGUGGGCGCCAAGUGGACGAGUCAGAGCAUUGCGCCCGACGAGAAGAUUCAAUCGAUCGAACUCAACUAUGAGGGCAAGCGGGACCGGUGGAACGGGUUUGACGCAGCCACGUACAAGCGAACCAUGGACUCGUAUGAUAUUCGGGCCGAAGCGAGGAAGAAGUUUCAGAAAGAGCAGCAGCUGAAGAAGCUGGCUGGGAAAGGGGGCGACGGGGAGGGAGGGGGGAAGGAGGGAGGAGGGAAGGAGGGAGAGGGAGGGGAGGGGGGAGAGGAUGAAGAGGAGGAGGAGGAGGAGGAUGAUGCGAAGGUGGAUGAGAGCAGGCAGAUGGACUUUGGGAAGGUGGAGAAGCGUGCGUGUGAGGGGGAAGAGGAUGCGAAGGUGGAUGAGAGUAGGCAGAUGGACUUUGGAAAGGUGGAGAAGCGUGUGAGGACGACUGGUGGUGGCAGCACAGGUUCAGUGCGGUACGUGAUGGUGUGGGAAGGUGUAGAAAGAAACCUGCGUAUUCGUGAGGACACAGCCAAGUACCUGUUGAAUCUGGACGUAGACUCGGCUUACUAUGACCCGAAGACGCGCUCCAUGCGUGAAGACCCGAACCCCGAGGGAGACGCAAAGGACAAAAACCUGCGUAUUCGCGAAGACACAGCGAAAUACCUCCUGAAUCUGGACGUGGACUCGGCCUAUUACGACCCCAAAACCCGUUCUAUGCGCGAAGAUCCGAACCCCGAGGGUGAUGCAAAAGACAAGUUCUACGUGGGAGACAACCACAACCGCAUCAGCGGGCAGGCCCUGGAGUUCCGCCAGCUCACAGUCCACGCGUGGGAAGCCAUGGAGAAGGUCAACGUGGACGUGCACUUACAGGGUGCGCCAAGCCAGGCAGAGCUGCUGCACCGGGAGUUUAAGGUCAAAAAGGAGAAGCUGAAGGGGGCGAGUAAGGAGUCGGUGCUGGCCAAGUAUGGGAACGCGGCGAGUAAUAAGGGGAGAGGGGGUGGUGGGGAGGGGGAGGAGGAGGAGGGGAUUCCGGAGGAGCUGCUGCUGGGGCAGACUGAGGUGCAAGUGGAGUAUGACCGGGCGGGACGACCCCUCAGAGGCGUGGACAAGGCAGUACCAUGCAGCCGGUAUGAGGAAGACGUAUUGGUCAACAACCACACGGCCGUGUGGGGCAGCUGGUGGGGCGGGGGCGUGUGGGGCUAUGCGUGCUGCCACCAAACCACUCGCAUGAGCUACUGCACGGGUGCCAGCGGCAUUGCUGCUGCCGAGGCGUCGGCGAAUCUGAUGCAGGCGAACAUGGAAAGGCGCGAGCAGAUGAAGGCAGCGAAAGAAGCUGGUGAGAGGGAGGAGGAGGAUGAGGAGGGAGCGGGCAAGGCGAAGCAGAUUGAGGAGAAGAAAGGAGUGGCGUGGGGUACAGACGCGGAUAUGGAUAUCAAGCUGGAUAAGAAGAAGCUCAGGGCGGCUCUUAAGAGGGAGGAUGAGCUGGCUCGGGAGGAGAAGGACGAGCGCAAGCGCAAGUACAACGUCACAUACUCCGAUGAUGUGACGGAGGAGGAUAUGGAGGCAUACCGAAUGAAGCGAAUCCAUGCCGAUGACCCCAUGCUCAUGCCCCACCCCGCAUUCUCCUCCUACUUCCUGCCUAAUCCUGCUUUCCCUUCCCUGCUUGCUCCCACUUGCAGGUGA